AUGCACAAAAGGAACGUCAGCAAUUCACAAGGUAGUUAUGAUUCUUUGAGACAAACAAGCUCUAGAAAUCAGAGUCAAGGCCGUCAAGUCAGGCAACCUAUGAAGUGGGUUAGAGCGGUGAGAUCACUUCCUUCGAACCCAGAAAGCAAUGAUUUUUUAAAGGUUGAUUUCAUCGAAAACAAUUUGAACAAUUCCAGGAAACUCAUUAGUAACAUAAAUUCAUUAGCAAACACUAGUAGGGAAGCAGUGACCACGUCUCAAUCAAUUAAUGAGAAUUUUAUGAGAUUAAGCCAUUUAAGAAAUGAAUUGAGGUGGGUUGAAGAGAUCUAA